AAUUUACAUACUAAGCCCCGCCCGCCGUGGCGAGCAUGUUCUUGCAUCCACCCGGGAUCAUCCGCGGAAAAGGAAGAAAAUCACAGGCUGUCAGAAAAGUUUUCCUGCGGGGAAAGGAUCAGGCUCGAUCGGGCAGAGGACCGCCGGAGGAUCGCGCUCUCAGGAUUAUUAAUUAUCACAAUAAACUGUAUUCAUCAUGGACGCGCUAAAAUCCGCCGGGCGCGCGAUCAUUCGCAGUCCCAGUCUGGCUAAACAGUCGUGGACCUCUGGUAAACAUAAAAAGCUGCCAGAGAACUGGACAGACACGCGGGAGACGCUGCUGGAGGGGAUGGUCUUUCAGCUGAAGUAUCUGGGCAUGACGCUGGUGGAGGAACCCAAAGGAGAAGAGCUCUCAGCCGCUGCUGUCAAGAGAAUCGUUGCCACAGCUAAAGCUGGUGGGAAGAAGCUUCAGAAGGUGACGCUGAAGGUUUCUCCUCGAGGGAUUAUUCUCUAUGACAGUGUAUCAAACCAGCUAAUAGAGAAUGUGUCCAUAUACAGGAUAUCAUACUGCACGGCUGAUAAGAUGCAUGAUAAAGUGUUUGCCUACAUCGCUCAGAGUCAGCGCAACGAAACGCUGGAGUGUCACGCGUACCUCUGCACCAAGAGGAAAGUGGCUCAGGCGGUGACGUUAACGGUGGCUCAGGCUUUCCGUGUGGCGUUUGAGUUUUGGCAGGCUGCUAAAGAAGAGAAAGAGAAGCAGGUGAAGUGUGGAUCUGAUGGAGAGGCGGCCAGCAGCUCUCAGUCUGAGAGUUCAGCCAGUCUGGGCAGCACCAAAGGAGGAGAGGUGGCCACUGGGGAUCUACUGGACCUCGAAACUGGAGUAAAAGAUCACUCAGGACAAGACGCCACACACCCAGCACAGAACGUCAGCACAGAGAACAACAACACUGUCUGGGAACUUGAGGAUGGUGUAGAUGAGGCUUUCUCAAGAUGUGGAGUAUAGGGCACGACUAUUCCUGGCGCUCCAUUAUGUGACCACAGCGGUAUUUGUGAUGGACAUAUUCGGCUCUUAGAAUAAACUCUUUGGUUGGUCUCAUAUAAUUACAUAAUUCUGUCUAUUUUUGCACCCCACUCACAGUUUCUGUUUCAUAGAAAAGAAAAAGACCUCUGGAGCAGACAGAGAAAUCUGUGGUACAAUUUCAAACUGUUGAAACUGUGUAACAAAGUCAAACUGUUUCCUGACAGGCUUUCACUGGUUGGUGUCUGAAUGCUGCCAAAGUUCUGCUCUUGAAAACUAAAAUGCCACAUUUAAAGGCUCGAGUUUCAGAAUUUUUGGGGAGAAAUUAACAACAGCACUUUGCUGAGGUUAUUUGCAACAUGUUGUUUCAAUCUUUCUUUCUGGACCCUUGACCUUGAUGUAAGAUAAAGCAGAAUGAGAUACAAUAUUGCACCCUCUGCCAUUCAAGGUUGCAACAAAUUCGAGAAUUAAGAAUGAUAAACAGUCUAUGACUGUAAUGCAAUCCAAAUAGUGAUUUAUUUUAUUUAUUUAUUUAUUUUUAAUUUACCAAUGUUUAUUUAUAGACACCUAACCUUGCCAGGGAUAAUGCAGAAUGAGAUACUGUUUUACACCUUCUGCCCAAUACGGGGAGGCCUUCCUCAGCCGUAUUCACAGCUUCAUCAAAUUUGACAAUUAAUAUUGAAAGACAGUCUAAGACUGUAAUGAAAUCUGAAUUUAGAACAUUUUUACAGUAUCAGUCUUUUUUUUUAUGGACCCUUAAACUUUACAUAUGGCACAAUACAGAAUGAGCCAUCAUACUGCACCCUCUGCCUGAUUUGUAACAGUGUUUCACUGACGCUUUCAAGACUGCAUUAGAUCUGACAAUGUGGUGUGAUAAAUAACCCAAGGCUCAAACUAAUUCCAAAUUUAGAACAUUUUUACUGUAUCAGUCUUUAUUUAUGAACCCUUGAACUUCACAUUGGGAUAAUGCAGAAUGAGAUAUUAUAUUGCACCCUCUGCCCAAUUCGGGAGGCAUUUCUCAGCCAUCUUCAGUGUUGCAUGAAAUUCGUCAGUUAACAGUGAAAAACAGUCUCAGACUGUUAAGAAAUCCAAAUUUUUAUUUUUAUUUUAAACUUUUUUUUUUUUUAUGAAUUCUUGAAUGUAACAUAUGAGACAGUACAGAAUGAGCCGUCAUAUUACACCCCCUGCCAAAUUUGUAGCGGUGUUUCUCUGCUACUUUCAAGGCUGCAUUAGCUCUGAUAAUGAGUCUUGAUAAAUAGUCUUAUGCGCGGACAAUAUCCAAAGUUUAAAAAUUUUUUUUUUACUUUAACAAACUUUUUUAUGGACCAUUGAAUUUUACAUAUAGCACAAUAUAGAAUGAGACGUCAUAUUGCACUUUCUGCCCAGUUCAGGGUGGACUUCCUCAGCUAUGUUUUAAGGGUGCAUUAAAUAUGAUAAUUUCAAAUGAUAUACAGUCUAGGCCUCUAACAACACUCAAAGUUUGAACAAUUUUCAGUAUACCAAUAAUAUUUUAUGGACCAUUGAAAUUGACAUAUGCUUUGAUAACACCAUAGAAUACAAGUCGUUUGUCUCUACACAUUAAGACAGACAAGACAAUAUAUUUUAACAUUUAAAAAUUACACACUUUAGCAUUAAUUUAAAAAUAUUAAGGAAAGUUGGACCCCUCAUAAUUCGAGCUCUUUAAGAGAAUAUUUUUAUUGGGAUAAUAUGCACGUCCCUGCUUGCCUAUACACCCAGAAAUCAAAUAAUUGUGAUGCCAAAUGAUUAGGUCAUGUUUUAAAUGACUAUUAUUUGCAUACUAUGGCAUGGUAAUGGCACUAAUUAACAGCCGUUUUAUUCUGCAAACCAAACAACAGCUGUUUAAAGAUUUGUGAUGAUGGUCAUUAUUCAUCCAGACACACGGAGUGCCGUUCCCGAGAGAUUAGCAGACAUGAGAUGAGCUGUUUUACAGCAGCGGGGGUUCAGUCCAUCUCCGCUUCACACUGAUUAUUUGUCGUGUGCAGUAAUUAAAAGCGUUGGCUUUUAAUCAAACGCAGUACUUUGUUAAUCUCCAUUUAACAUGCUUUCACUUUGUAAGUGUGAGGAGAGACGCUCUAGAUCUCUGACAUGCAAGAACUUUUUCCAAUCAAGGAUGAAUUGGGAUUGACUAAAUCUCUGAUUAAAGACCAUUGAAGGGCUUUCCAUCGCAAACUGAAGCGGUUUAGCAUUUGAGAUGGUGUAUCCUCAAAAACACAGUGGGUUGAGAGAUAUUAUGGUCAUUUCUGUACAUUAUUGUGAGAAGGAUUCACAAAUAAAAUGAAAUGGCUGGUUGCACCAAACUUCAAGUUUAUCCAGUAAAAGAUCUAACUGUCAGAUUGACCUCUUGACUCAAUAUAUAAAAAAAAGAUCCUUUAAAUUGUACAUUAUUUUCAGAGUAUAUAGUGCUUAUGGUAUUAUUUAGUUACUAUAUGUAUUCAAAAAAGAAAACAUACUG